GCACCCCUUCAUUCGGACUUUCCUCGGCUUUGACAUUCUGCCGCUGGUGGAGUUCCAGCCGGAAACAGACAUCGCCUUGGAGGAGGCCCAGGAUCUCAUAGAGCAGGAGCCGCAUGCCCGGAAGUCUCAAAACAGUGAUGGGUGGCACGAAAGCACGAGGGGCGGCGCAGAAGUCAUGUCCCUGAGCGAGGGACCCAUGCCGGGUGACGAAGCCGGGACGGAUCUCUUCGUUCAGAAGAUGCUCGAUGCGGCGAGCUACUUCGUGCCGGGAGAGCCGUACCAGCCGGUGAAAAUUGACCGCGAGACCUUGGCUGAUCUCAGGCCUGAGGAGGUCUACGUGGCCGACUUCCGAAAAUAUUCGCCGCUGCUGCCCGUGCGGUUCUUCCGGAGCAUGAUUCCGGAG